GUCGGGCGCCGGGAACAUGGCGGAGGGCGCGGGCCGGGGACCCCCCCGCCCGGCGCGGCUCCGCCCGCCCGCCGCCCGCCGCCCCGGCCUCCGGGUGGGCGCAAGUUGGAACGGAAACCGGAAAGUUGUCCUGCGGCCGCCGCGGGCCGCGCCCCUGCCGCGGGGCGCCCGCGGGAAAGUUGGCCGGGGCGCGGGCGGCCCCACCUGGGCGGCGCCGGGGACGGCCGGGCCUCGGCGCCGCGGGACUCGCCCCGGGCGACGGCUCGGGAAGUUGGCCGCGCCGCCGCGGCGAGCCCCGUCCGGCGCGGGCUGUCAGCGUGGGCGGCGGCCGCGAGGCCCCGGGACCCGGCCAUCCGGGCUCCGCUUCCGAGCACACUGGCCUGCGGAGCGGAGCCGGGGCUCGCGCUCGGGCAGCUCGUGUGCUUCCCCUUCGCCUGCCCCCGCCCCCCGUUAGUUUAGAAAAACAUUUCGCCUGCAACUCUUCGGCUGGGAGGAACACGAGCGAGUCGGCUUCGCAGUAACGGGAAAUCGCGUUUUGAACCGGAAUGCUGUUUGGACUUGCUCGAUAAAACCUUAUCUCAGCAAGAAUAACUUAGAAAAAAGGGAGACAGUUGGACUUGGAGCUCAGAUCGCUGCUGAAAGCUCUCUCUUGAGUAGUGUUUGAGUCAUAAUGGAGUCCUGG